UGACCGGCCCCUCGAGGCGGCGCUGUCCUGGUUUUGAGGCUAAGUCGGAAAGUGAACCGGUAUGAAAAGGCGGCCAACGGCGCAACGCUCAGUACAUUUACGCUCAGACGCCCGCUGCCACUCGACCUGCCAUGGGGAUGCUCUCGCUGUUCUGCGCUCUGCUUGUCGCCUGCGCGCCCUACGUUGCCGGCCAAAAAGGGGACGACUUCCAGUGCCCGGACCAGUUCGGCUUCUACCCGCACCACAAGAGCUGCGACAAGUAUUAUGCUUGCAGCAACGGCACUGCGUCUCUCAAGACCUGCGGCAAUGGACUAGUCUUCGACGAUGUCGACCCACUCAGGGAGAACUGUGCCUACCCAUUCUCAGUCAACUGCGGCGACCGAACGGAUCUCGAGCCGCCGAUUAGCACGCCCAACUGCCCGCGCCUGUACGGCAUCUUCCCGGACAACCACAACUGCCGCGUGUUCUUCUCCUGCUGGAACGGCGAGAGCUCGCGCUACGAGUGCCCGCCGGGGCUGGCCUACGACAACGACCAGCGCGUGUGCGUGUGGGCCGACCUGGUGGACCGCUGCGACCAGCGCGAGGUUGCCGAAGGUUUCGUGUGCCCUGACCCCGCCGAGGUGGACCAGCCAGGAGUCUUCACCCGCCACGCGCACCCGACCGACUGCCGCAAGUUCUACGUGUGCAUCGAGGGGCAGGCCAGGCCGUACGGCUGCAGCCUGGGCACCGUCUUCAACGUCGACUCGCUUCAGUGCGACGACCCCGAGAACGUCCAGGGAUGUGAAAACUACUACGGAGACCUGGACGUGAAGACGCUGAAAAAGGCCCAGACGCACAAGAAGGGCGGUCGCCAAUCAGCGCAGUCGGAUGAGGCCUCAUCUUCGUAGUUAACGCAUCUCCAUCCGCGGCUCAAAGCGGCCUCCACACAACAAGUCUCUGCUCCAUGUACACCCACCCAGCUAUCGUGCAUUCUGCGCUAGAAGUUGUGGCUGCUGCUCCACUCUGCGGGAUCCUAAAUUCAAUGGUCCUCGUUCACGCUCAUAUAAGGAGUCUCAUUUCACCAUGUCUUAUCGAUGGCGGUCUUCACACCGCAGCAAGGGACGAGAAACGGUUCGACGUGUGCCCAGGA